UAACUGCAUGCUGGUCCGUCUGGGUGAGAGGGUGAGAGAGCGAGCUAGAGGAAUAAAGUGCUCCUGGAUCUUGUCGGAGCCCUCUCGCUCCUCUCUUGCCUUCCCUAUUCCUCUUGUUCACCUCUUACUUGCCGCGUGUGUCCUCUAAGUUGGUAAGGCUCUGGGAGAGGACACACAAUGGAGCGAAGAGCCUGUGGCAACUGGGCCGUUGUACUGCUGAGAGGGGGAUGGGGUAGAGAGAGGACCGGUUCACACAGCUAACACAGCCUGCUGGCUGUAGGCUUACACAGCCUUGCUUGCCUGCCUGUAUCAACUGUUUCCUCGCUGGGACUUUUUUCCUGGAACAACCACCCUCAAACUCUGCUUGGACCACAUUAAGGAUUACUCACCAUAUUCUGUGGGAUUUUAGGACAUAUACUGCUGCCUGAAGACUAAAUCUCUCCUGUGUUUGGCAUGAGAGAAAUGGAAAAACAAACUUCUCUAUAAUUCUUUGGAGCCCUUUUCUGUUUUUCGGUUUCUCUUUCUGUUUAGUGGCGUUCGUAAAUGGAUUACAAAAUGCAUGCCAAGUCAAACGAUUUGCUGGAUUUUCAGAAACUGGAUGCACUUCUGGAAAAAAUUGCACAUUCAGUUUCUGUGAAAAGAGAGUCCACCGAGGAGUGCAAUGGGAUCAGUGGUGCUCUGUCAGUGGAGUCUGUGCCGGGGCAAAGACUAAAUUGGUGUCCCGCCAACACCACCACCCCUGUCACUGCUCCAGCUCUCACCCUGGGACCCAUGCCCAUGCCCAUGCCCAUGCCCAACCCUGUUAGAAUGGGGGACGGCCUGGAUGCAGCGCAGAUGUCGGGCGGCAGCAGCAGUCAGGGACAGGCCCAGCCAAUGGGCAACCCUUCACCUCCAGAGUACAUAAAUCCCACCAGGCCAAAGCGCCAGACCAAUCAGCUGCAGUACCUGCUCAAGGUGGUGGUGAAAGCCUUGUGGAAACAUCAGUUUGCCUGGCCCUUUCAGGCACCAGUGGAUGCUAUCAAACUAAACUUGCCUGACUACUACACAAUAAUCAAAACUCCUAUGGACAUGGGAACAAUCAAGAAAAGGCUUGAGAACAGUUACUACUGGAAUGCCCAAGAAUGUAUCAGUGACUUCACCACGAUGUUCACCAACUGCUACAUAUACAACAAGCCUGGAGAUGACAUAGUCUUAAUGGCUCAGGAGCUAGAGAAAGUUUUCCUCCAAAAGGUUACCGAAAUGCCUCAGGAAGAAACUGAGAUUGUUGUAAUGACAGGGAAGGGCCGUGGCCGGGGCCGGAGAGAUGGCGGUCUGAACUUGAAACCAGGGGCCAUUAUUGAUUCUUCAUCUACGACACCUCAAACACGUGGUCUGUCAAACCUCUCAGCAGCACCGCAGACCAGAGGACCAGUGCAGGGUCCGCAUUCACUACCUCCUCAGCCUUUGAUGCAGGCCCUGCCAUCCCACAUGCCCCCAGCAUUACCCAGCCACACGCCACAGCACGGAGCUCCCUUCUCCCUAGGCCAGCCAGACUGCCCUCCUCAAGUUCCCGUCAUGACUUCUGUGCCUCCCCCUGUUCAGACUUCCCUUCCUCAAGCGUCGAUUCAGAGCACUGCCCCUAUGCUGCAGAACCCCAUAACCAUGACCAAACAAAGAAAGAGCCAGAAAAGGAAAGCAGACACUACAACGCCUACAGCAAAUGACCAACUGAGUGAGUCUUCACCAGCGGAGUCUAAAUCUGGGAAGACACUACCCAGGCGAGAGAGUACCAGACCUACGAAACUGAUGAAGAAGGAUGCUCCAGACUCUCAGCAUCACAUAGGCAUGGGGAUUGGAAUGAGCGGACCAAGUGGAGGUCAUAGCCCCAAACCACAGGAUCAGCUGGGAUACUGUGCUAGUCUGGUUAGGGAAAUGCUGUCCAAGAAGCACGCUGCUUACGCCUGGCCAUUCUAUAAACCUGUUGAUGUGGAUGCACUGGGACUACAUGAUUAUCAUGAUAUCAUCAAACAUCCCAUGGACCUCAGCACCAUUAAGGCCAAGCUGGAGAACAGGCAAUACCGGGAACCCCAGGAGUUUGCUGCUGAUGUCCGAUUAAUGUUUUCCAACUGCUACAAAUAUAAUCCACCAGACCACGAGGUGGUAGCUAUGGCACGUAAACUACAGGAUGUCUUUGAGAUGUGCUUUGCCAAGAUGCCAGAUGAGCCUGAGAGCAAGCCUGUGGUUUCUGCCCCAGCGCCUACACUUCAUCAUCCUGCCCCCGUUAAGCCCCCGCCUCCUCUAGCCCACUUGGCCUCGUCCUCAGACAGCUCCAGCGACUCAUCGUCUGAAUCUGAGUCUUCCACAGAUGACUCUGAAGAGGAGAGAGCCCAGAGGUUGGCAGAGCUCCAGGAACAGUUGAAGGCUGUCCAUGAGCAACUGGCUGCUCUAUCCCAACCACAAACCAGCAAGCCUAAGAGAAAAGAGAAGGAGAAGAAGGAGAAGAAAAAAGAUAAGCAUAAGAAGAAAGGAAGCAUUCCUGGUCUUGUAGAUGAAAUCCAGGAUGCUACACCUGUUUCACAGCUCUCGAAAAAAACUAAGACCAGUAACAACACUAACAAAGAUGUGGUUACCAAGAAGAAACCCAGUAAAAAGGAGGCAAUGAAAAGCAGUCACUCCUCCAACCUGCUGCCAGUUCCCAGCCUUGAAGAUGACCUAGGGGCUGCGGGGUCAUCAGCUACAGGGGAGAAGUGCAAGCCCAUGACGUACGAGGAGAAGAGGCAGCUAAGCCUGGAUAUCAACAAGCUUCCUGGUGACAAGCUUGGCCGUGUAGUGCACAUUAUUCAGUCCAGAGAGCCCUCCCUCAAAAACUCAAACCCUGAUGAGAUUGAGAUUGACUUUGAGACGCUAAAGCCUUCCACUUUGCGUGAGCUGGAGAGAUAUGUGUCUUCCUGCCUCCGCAAGAAGAAAAAGGUUCCAGUUGAGAAGACUGUGGAGUCCUUGGCUGCCUCCAGAAAGCCUGGAUCUUCUUCAGAGAGCAGUGGCUCCAGCUCAGACAGUGAAGCUGAGGGGACAGGAAUGAUAAAACAGCAGAAGAAGAAGGGCCAGUCUGUAAAGGAGGGUAAGAAGACGCAUCCUCAUGUUCAGAGCGGACCCGUUCCGACUGGGCUCCAUUCCCAACCUGCAGGUCUUCAGUCCAGCAGUCAGAUGAAGCAGCAGCAACAUCUACCAUCCUCUGCAGGCUUCAUGGCUCCCCCUGUAGCUGCUCUGGAGUCUUCCCAGUUAUUGGAAUCUAGCUUUGAGUCUCUGCCGCCUUUUGGCCAGCCCCUCAUGCAUCUGUCCCACCACACAGGCCACUCCUCCUCACCACCUCCACCUCCUUCCCUCAAUGCUCAUUCUGCUGGACCAGUGUCCCCUGAGACCCACCCCUUCCUCAACCAGCAUCUUGUCCUCCCAUCUCCAGCCUUGCACAGUUCCAUGCCUCAGCAGCCUUCUCGACCCAGUCACAAAGCAGCACCUCUUCAUCCCAAGCCACCUCAGCAGCAACCAGCACCUUCUCAUCAGCAGCCAACCCUACAGCAGCAGCAGCAGCAGCAGCAACAACAACAACAACAACAACAACAACAACAACAACAACAACAACAACAGCAGCAGCACCUCCAGCCCCAGUCAACAGCACCACCACCACAGCAUCAGCUCUCCUCUCAGAUUCUCCACCCUCCACAACCUCUGCACCAGCGGCCAAUGUCCCCUCCAACACUCACACCCCAGGGCCUGCUGUCUUCCCAGCCCCCUCAGAUGCUACUGGAGGAUGAUGAAGAACCAGGGUCUACGACACCUAUGACCCAAGUACAGUUAUAUCUACAGCAGUUCCAGCAAGCCCGUCAGCCCCAGCAGUCCAUGCAGUCGCUCCAGGCGCAGGCUCGUCAGCAGCAACAGCAACAACAACCAGGUUCUCUCCUGCAGUCUGUGCAGGGACAGUCUCAGCUGUCUUCUCAGACCACGCUGCCUCCUUCCCAGCUCUCUGUUCAGUCCCAGGCUCAUUCGUCACAUCAAGCCCUGCCCCAACAGAUGCCCCUGCACCAAGCCCGCCACAUGCAGCACACCCAGCAGCAACAACAACAGCAGGGACAGCAACAGUUGAACUACCAGCAGGGUCCUGGACUGGCUGGUCAGUCCCAGGGAUCACAACACAAGGUAUCCAUGGCCACCAACAAAGCCCAGCAGCAGAUCAUCCAGCAGCAGCAAGAGCAGCCCUCCCCUCACCCAACCAAGGCUGAUCCUUACAACACAGGUCACAUGAGGGACAACCCAUCCCCUCUCAUGAUGCAUUCACCACAGCUUCCCCAGUAUGCUCCUGUACCUCACCAGUCUCCACCUCACAACUUGCAGCCCAAAAAGCAGAGGGCCCCUGGGAGCCAAGGUGGGUUAAAGGAAGAGAAACUUCCUCCAUCACCAGUGAUGAGGGGAGAACCAUUUAACCCUGCAGUGAGAGCAGACCAUCACAAACAUCCUGACAGCAAGCCUUCUCAACCAGGACACGGCCAACAGAAUGUGAAACCCAUGGACAGCUCACGACCUGUCAUCCGCUCCUCUGAGCCCAGUGGGCCACCCUCCUCUCUACAAGACAAGGAUAAGUUCAAGCAGGAGUCCAAGGCACCCACUGCCCCAAAAAAGGUACAGGAUGUGAAACUAAAGAAUAUGGGCUCAUGGGCCAGCCUGGCACAGAAGUCCACUUCUACGCCCUUAUCUGCAGUGAAAUCAUCAAGUGACAGUUUUGAGCAGUUUCGUCGUGCUGCCCGGGAGAAAGAGGAGAGGGAGAAAGCCCUGAAGGCUCAAGCGGAGCAGGCAGAAAAAGACCGGCUACGCAGGGAGCAGGACAAACUACGAAGUCGGGAUGAGGAGGACAUCAUGGAGCCAAGCAGAAGGGUGCACGAGGAGCCGCGCAGGCGUCUGGAGCAGCAGCAUAUCCAAGCCCCUUCACAACAACAACAACAACAGCAACAGCAGCAACAGCAACCAGAGGCCCAGCCUGCUGCUAUUCAGCAGCCUCCUCAGCAGCCUCCUCAACCCCCCACACCGCCUCAGUCCGCUACACAGAACCCACUAGACCAGCAGAGGGAGCUAGCACGCCGUCGAGAGCAGGAGAGGAGGAGACGAGAAGCGAUGGCAGCAACUAUUGACAUGAAUUUCCAAAGUGACUUAAUGGCUAUCUUUGAGGAGAACCUGUUUUGAGGAGAGGAGCAACUGAAACUUAACUGCAAAAAGAAACAAACAAAUAUAUAUAUACAACUUGGAUGAUAUACACUUCUUCUAAAGUGAGGUUUGACGACCACAGAGAGACAGGGACUGUAUGUAGCUGUGACGGACGGGUACUUGGAGACGAGUACAAACGCUGCACAGGCAGUCAAAGCUCAUUUUGCCCUUGUGGACUGAACACACAGCACACUGGGGGGAGGCUCAUCGUUUUGGAUGGAAUUUCCUGGGUAUUUGGCAUCGCCUGCCUGAUGUCUCCCAACAAGAGAGAAAGGACCACUGUUGGCGCAGUUGCCUUUGUCACACUUGCUUCUUACAGAGUUCAUGUGCGCAACAAUAACAGCAAGAGCAAAGACGUCUCAGUGGCCAUGGACAUGCUCUGAUAAUGUACUGACAGACUGUGCAGAGGCGUUUUGAAACUGCCACAUAUCUGAGGUGGUGAAGAGGACUAGUCCUUUAUUCUGUUUUUAGUUGUAAGUGAAUGGGAAAUUGUGGGGGGUGGGUGGUCACUUCCAUACUGUAAAUCAUGUAUAUUUCUCAGCAGAGGUACACUUUGCCUUACACCUCUUUCCUAAACGGGCCAUUACGUUCUGUGGCCUGCACACAUGGACAAACCAGUAACAUUUACAAGCAGGACUAGGAGCAGUGCCGAUCUUUUUUCAUCAUCUAGUAUCUACUAUAAAGAAGUAUUUUCUUAUACUACAAUAACUGUUUAUUUUGGAUCGUUCGUUUUUCCUCUUUAAAUCUUCACACUGACACGCUUUGCCACCCCUGACUAUGCCAAACAACACAUGAUCUUUUAUGCUAAAUUACUUGUCUUAAAACAUGGUAGGUAGCUAGUGGAAAAAAAUGCAAAUAUAUGCAUUAUCAUAGUACAAGUAAGUAUUUAUCAAAGACAGAAUCAGUGGAAGUUUUCAUCCUGCCUUGUACUUUUUAUUUAAAGCUACAGCAGAAGGUUUUUAGCAGCUGAGGAAAAGGUCCAGUUGUUGCUGAGCUUUAGUUGGAGCAAGAAUUGCACCAUUACCUGUAUUACAGUUUGAGACGUAGUGUUGGAAAUGUUCAUCUCAUUGGCCCGUUUACAACAGUCGCACUACUGGACUGGUUCAGAAAUGACAAGAUGAGGAGCCCCUUGCUGCUCGCUCUGUGUGCGCUCUAAUCUUGGAGUGUCUGAGGCAGGAAGGGGACAAGACGAACACUUAACACCUUCUGCAUCUGUUACCUGAGUAAAAUAGAGACAGCAAGUUGCUCCCGGGUAGUUCCCUGAGGGCGCACUGUGUCCACAUUACAAAAUAAAAGACGAACGAUUACAAGAGUAAUGAAAAGGAAAACAGUGGAAAAACUAUUUUGGUUUAUAUCUUUGUUCUUGUUCGAUAGUAGUGGAUGUGAGUUAUACUUCUGUUCUUGGAGACAUUGUCUGAACGGGGAUGAGUUAAAAUCUGAAUGCAUCUCAUCAUCUCCACUCGUCUCUUAUGGUGUUUUUCUCCAGUGCCUGUAUUGUAUUGCAGUUCUCGUUGGCUUAUAUUACACUUCGAGGGGGUUUAGCCAGGGCUGAGUUAGGAACGGGUGGUGUAAUAUUGGAACAGGAGGGAGAGUUUUGAAAGAGUUUGUGUAUUUAAAAAAAAAAAAAAAACACU